CAAUAAAGGAAGUGAAAAAGCAACAUGGCGACCAGUCAGAGAAAGAAAGGAGGAGUUCAGCGGGUUGAGAGCAAAUUACGGGCUUGUAUCGAGCGGGGAGACUAUUAUGAAGCGCACCAGAUGUACAGAACACUUUAUUUUAGAUACUCUGCCCAAAAGAAAUACAACGAUGCUUUAGAGCUGACAUAUUCAGGAGCAUCCCUCCUUCUGGAACACAAUCAGCUGUGCAGUGGUGCUGACUUGGCCAUGUUGUGGCUGGAAGUACUGACACAGGCCAGUAUGCCUGUCAGCAAGGAAAACAUAGAUAGAGCAAUCAGCCUGUUUAAAGAGCUUGAAGCUGACUCUCCAGAGAGGAUAUCGUACAUCAAUGCAGCGCUGAAGUGGACCAAGACUGUCCACCCUGAUGAGACAUCUGGACACCCACAGCUUCAUAACCAACUAGCUCUAGUCUUCUGGAAAGAAAAGAACUACAUCCAGUCUAGAUACCAUUUCCUCCACUGUUCAGAUGGACAGGGGUGUGGCACCAUGCUGAUAGAACUGUCCCUACAGCAGGGCUUCCCUAGUGAAGUGGACCUGUUCAUAGCUCAAACUGUUUUCCAAUACCUGUGUUUGAACAACAAGAGUGCAGCAAAAGUCACCUACAUGACUUACACUGAAAGUCACCCACAGAUAGAGGAAGGACCACCUUUUCAGAAGCCUCUUCUCAACUUUGUAUGGUACCUCUUACUUGCAGUUGAAGAUUGCUUGACUGGUGGCAGCAGCGGUAAGGUGACAGUAUUCUCCGUGCUAUGUGAUAUAUACAAGCCUUCCAUCAGGAGGGAUCCUUCAUACCUCCAGUACUUGGACAGAAUAGGGCAGCUGUUCUUCGGUCUUCCACCUCCCCAACAGUCGGGUGGAUCAGGACUGCUAGAUAAUUUGAUCCAAAGUUUCCUGAGGGGAGAAGAAGAGGAGGGCCCCCCUCCAGCUCAACCAGAAGAAGAGGAUUUGGAUUAGAGUAGAUUCUUUUUUGAGACUCCUACAUGUAUAAGGUUCACCAACAAACUUGCCUGUGUAGGUUCUGCACCAAGUUCUUCAGUUUCUUCAAUUCACUUAUCAAGUGGCAUCUCAUGCUCACCAGCCACGUCUGUAGCUUCUAAAUGUCCCUGGACAACUCAUGAAGGCUUACACCACUUUACACGUCACACAGCAUGGCAUGUUGCAUGUUUCCAAUGUUUUACACAUUGGCAGAACGAACUGGACAUACACAGGGACAUGUAACUUGCAUAGCACUUCUAUAGAACAUAUUGUUUAAGAUUCUCCUCGUGUAUUUAAGGAUGAUACCCCAUUUGUAGUUUCCAAAUAUUGUGUAAGGAAAGGUAGCUUACGUAUGUAACGGACAAAAUUCUGAUUCAAAGUUAACCAACCAACCAACCAACAGAAACCAUGGUUUUGGGCAGGUGCAGUAUAUUCUGCCGACAAGCUCAAAUGCUUGAGUAAUGCCAUCCAAUUGGCAAAAUGGCUGACACAUAUCAUACUUAUGACGCCACCACCAAGCGUCAUUUUCAUUCAAAAACUACAAGAUCAUUAUCGGUGUAGAAUUGCUCCAAAGUGUAGCCAGAUUGACAGGAAGCAAUUAUUUACCUAAAGUGAGCAGGUUUGAAAUGUUUAAAAAGUGGAAUACCUUUUCUGACCCUUUAAAGUUGAAAGAUAGGUCUGUGCUGCCAUCACCUAUCCUGGCUUCAAGCAAGGUUCAUAUUUGUAUUAUACUACCAUGGGAAAAACUGGUGACAUAGAUUACAUACUGAAGUUCCUGACUUUUUCACAGUAUUCUUUAUGUUUUCACUGUAACUUCUGUAACGUGAACUUACCAUUAACAUUAUCUUUUCAACCUCUCCCUACAGUUGUGAAGUUUAAGUUCCAUGAGAUUGUCCAUUUUCUUUAGACGGUGAAGUUUUGUUACUACUGUUGAAGAUUUAAAGUACAGUAAUUAAUAUAUUUGCUACAUCUAAUGUAUGGUGUUAUUUGAACUUUAGAAGACUUUCAGAAUUUUCAUCUUAAUCCAAAUAUAUCUUGCCAAUUUUUCCUCAAACUUCUGCGGAGAAUUGUCGCCUACACUAUAGAUGUAACAUAUUGCUUAUGUUAAGUCAUAGUGUAGAAAUGAGUUUACAGUUUCUUACAUGGGAAAAGAAGUAUUGACUAUGCACUUCAACACCAAGCGCAAUUCCCUGUAUGGCUUCCAAGGAUAUGUAAAUAAUGUAAGUUAUUAAUAACAAGAGACACCCACAAAAAUAAACUUUGAAGGAUGUUUAUAGGAGCCUAUAGUUCUGGAUGCUGUUCCCUUUUAAUUUAAUAUCCAGAUGAACUGAUGGCAAUAUAGAAAGAAGUUGGUUUCCCAUCUAGUGUGAUGGUAAUUUAUUAAGUCUUGAAAUGUGAGCAACAAGUACAGAUGACAUGAACUUGAGGGUUGUGCCCCUGUGGACAAGUUUGGGAUCAUCUCAUAAAAGUUGAUGCUUUCCUUUUCAACUCUUUGUUCAAGUUUGACAGAACUAGAAAGAAGAAUUUCCAUUAAAUGUAACAAUGAGGUAUAUGACAAGA